AUGGAAGCUCUCAUCACCCCAUUUUCAUCCCCUCUAACUUCCAUUUCCCACAAACCACCUUCUUCUUCUUCUUUUCCGCCAUUAACAACCACUCCUUUCUUCUCCCGAAAACCCCACAAGCAUCUUACUCACAGAGUCCUAAACAGCAAGUUUGGCAGCUUUCUUGAUUUGAUCCCAGAAAACAAACGGGAACCCAUAAAGUUUGACAUCAAUUGGCUCGACCCAUCAUCCACAUCCCGGUUCGAUGUCGUCGUAAUCGGUGCUGGUCCAGCCGGGCUUUGUCUUGCUGAACGAGUUGCAAGAAAUGGGAUCCGGGUUUGUUGUGUUGACCCGGACCCACUUUCUAUGUGGCCUAAUAAUUACGGGUCUUGGGUUGAUGACUUAUCAGCCUUGGAUCUUGACGAUUGUUUCGAUAAAACUUGGCCUAUGGCUUCUGUUCAUAUCGAUGAUCAUAACACUAAGUAUCUUGAUCAGCCUUAUGGUCGAAUUAGUCGAAAGAUGUUGAAGAUGAAGUUGCUUGGUGGGUGUGUCUCCAAUGGAGUUAAAUUCCAUAAAGCUAAAGUUUGGAAAGUGGAUCAUCAAGAAUUUGAGUCUUCAAUUGUUUGUGAUGAUGGCAAUGAAUUUAAGGCAAGUUUGAUUGUGGAUGCAAGUGGUUUUGCAAGUUCUUUUGUUGAGUAUGAUAAGCCUAGAAACCAUGGUUACCAAAUUGCUCAUGGAAUUCUAGCAGAAGUUGAUGAACACCCAUUUGAUCUAGAUAAGAUUCUACUCAUGGACUGGAGAGAUUCCCACCUCGGAAACGAGCCUUUGCUACGCGUUAACAACUCUAGACUCCCGACUUUCUUAUACGCUAUGCCGUUUGAUUCGAAUUUGGUCUUUUUAGAAGAGACUUCGUUGGUCAGCCGGCCGGCUUUAUCUUACGGGGAGAUCAAAUCAAGAAUGGUGGCAAGGUUAAGGCAUAUGGGUAUUAGAGUAAAGAGAGUUAUCGAGAAUGAGAAAUGUGUGAUCCCCAUGGGUGGGCCAUUGCCACGGAUUCCUCAAUCCGUGAUGGGGAUUGGUGGAACUGCUGGACUGGCUCACCCAUCGACAGGCUACAUGGUGGCUCGUACUUUAGCCCUGGCCCCAAUCUUGGCCGAAUCCAUCGUCGAGUGCCUUGGUUCGACUCGCAUGAUCAGAGGGCAACCACUUUAUCAUAGAGUGUGGAAUGGAUUGUGGCCAACUGAGAAGAAAUUAACAAGGGAGUUUUACACAUUUGGGAUGGAGACCCUUUUGAAACUUGAUUUGAAAGGGACCAGAAGCUUUUUUGAUGCUUUCUUUAAAUUGAAUCCUGAAUAUUGGCAUGGAUUCUUGUCAUCAAAAUUGUCACUUGUGGAACUUGGUGUGCUGGGCUUGUCAUUAUUUGGGCAUUCAUCAAGUUCAUCAAAACUUGACAUUGUUACCAAGUGUCCUGUUCCUUUAGUCAAGAUGAUGGCUAAUCUUGUAGUUGAAUCCCUUUGA